AUGGAUCACACCGAAUUUCGUGUAAAAGCCAAAGAGUUGGUGGACUUCAUGGCAGACUAUUUAGAAAAUAUUCGGGAUCACCGAGUUUACCCCGGGGUCCAGCCUGGUUAUCUCCACAAGAGGCUGCCCACUGAAGCACCGCAGAUGCCUGAAAAAUGGGACGACAUCUUUAAAGAUGUGGAAGAUCAUAUUAUGCCUGGUAUCGUUCAUUGGCAAAGUCCACAUAUGCACGCGUACUUUCCAGCGCUCACCUCGUACCCUUCAAUUAUGGGAGAAAUGCUUUCGAGUACUUUGAAUGUACUGUGUUUUACUUGGGCAUCUUCACCUGCUGGUACUGAACUAGAAACUAUUGCGAUGAAUUGGCUUGGCAAGUUGCUAGGUCUUCCGGAUUGCUUCCUCAACGAAAAAAACGACAGUCCCGGUGGAGGUGUUAUACAGACGACAGCCAGUGAGGCGACCCUAGUUAGUUUGUUAGCAGCGCGUACUCGAGCUUUGAUAGAGCUUUCGAGUCUUAACCCUGAUGUGCAGUCUUCAGAACUUUUGGGCCACUUGAUAGGCUAUUGUUCAGAUCAAGCUCAUUCAUCAGUGGAAAAAGCUGGAUUAAUUGGUCUGGUAAGGAUGCGUUAUAUCGAGUCUGAUGAGAAUCAAAGCAUGCGUGGAGCGAAGCUAGAAGAGGCUAUAAUGAACGAUAAAACAAAAGGACUGGUACCUUUUUGGGUAUGUGCUACAUUAGGUACAACUGGUUCAGUGGCGUUCGACAAUUUAAAAGAGAUUGGGGAAGUUUGUGAGAAACAUUCUGCUUGGUUGCACGUGGAUGCUGCAUAUGCAGGCAGCGCUUUUGUUUGUCCCGAAUAUAGACACUGGCUUGAAGGUAUUGAAUUGGCGGAUUCCUUCGCAUUUAAUCCUUCAAAAUGGCUGAUGGUGAACUUCGAUUGUACUGGAAUGUGGGUCAAAGACAGUACUGCCCUACAUCGGACGUUCAACGUUAAUCCGAUUUACUUGCGACAUGAAAACUCUGGCAAAGCUAUCGAUUAUAUGCAUUGGCAAAUACCUUUGAGUCGUCGUUUCAGGGCUCUAAAGCUUUGGUUUGUAUUGAGAAACUACGGUGUUGUUGGACUUCAAAAGCACAUUCGUGAGAGCGUUCGUUUGGCUCAGAAAUUUGAAGCUUUGGUCUUAGCUGACCCACGAUUUGAUAUACCACAACCAAGAAAUUUGGGCAUGGUGGCGUUCCGUCUUAAAGGAGACAAUACUCUCACUGAGCGUCUGCUCAAGCGCCUAAAUGGACGCGGUUACAUUCACGCUGUACCGGCUUGCUUCAAGGGUGUAUACGUCAUCCGCUUCACCGUCACAUCUCAGAGGACUACAAAUCAGGAUAUUCUCGAUGAUUGGAACGAGGUCAAGAACGUUGCGUCUGAAAUUUUAGUGGAAGUAUAUGGAUCUGACAAAGGCAAUAUUGUUGUACCGAAGAAACCAAGGAUUUCUCUCAAAGAAACUCGGGAACUUAAUGCCACAUUUGGCACUAGUCUUCUUCUGGCUAAUAGCCCAAUGAGUCCAAAAAUUGUCAAUGGAACUCACGUCGCUAUCUGCGACUAUGAACAAGUACUAUCAUCCUGCGCUCAAACUUUUGCUCAAUUAAAGAUGGAGCCUAAAGACAGUCCUGAAAUGCGUAGACGAAUCCGCGGUAUACGUAUGUGCGGAAAAAAAUACUCCCUUGACUCAUACAUGGACAUGGUGCAAGGGCUAAUGGUAGAACAAUCUCUCCCGCAAUGCUCGGAGGAAGAGAGAGAAGAUGCAUCUAACGGUUCCAGCCCUGGUGAUCGAUCUUCCAUCUCAACUUCCCCUGUAACAUCUACAACUGUAAAACGAGAUAGCAACACAGAUACUAAUCAAUUAAAUGUACCAACUUCUGGUACACCAUCUAGACCAUCGCGUUCCAAAUCUGUUGACAUUUCUCUAUCUGAACUAAAACUGGAUGAGGCUACUAUAUCUAUAGACAUGAAAAACAAUGAAAUAAUAAUAACGCCAACUGGUUCUAAGAAAAUCGAUGAUCAAGUUCGUUUUAAUGCCGCAGAAGAAAAACUUAAUAUUGGCGAUAAAAUUAGUCAUGCUUUUGAAAAUUUUCAAGAUGGAAAGCAAAGUGAAUAUCGUACUAAUAAAGAUAGUAAAGAAGAUGCUUCUAAACUAACUAUUAAAGGUCCUGGCAGUUAUAUAAAAAAGCUAAUACAGCAGUUCAGUGAAGGUCCUUUUGAUGGAGAAGACUCUAAGCCAGAAUCUGAAAGAGCAGUGUCUACACAAACGAUAAAAGACAGGGCUGAUGCAAUUUGUAAAAAAUGCUUCCAUUAUAAAGGUAGAGUUAAUAAA